CCUUGGUUCUGGGCUUGAUGGUACAUGGUGUGCUUUGACUGCUGAAGCAAGAGCAACUAUAAAGACUUACAAGGAUACUGGGAUCUUCGAUGGCAGGAGAAACAGCGAUCAGGAGACCGAGAUGAGUUUUAACACUAUUCUGGAAGAGAUUCUUAUUAAAAGGUCACAGCAGAAGAAGAAGACAUCACCCUUAAAUUAUAAAGAGAGACUUUUUGUUCUUACGAAGUCUGUGUUAACCUACUAUGAGGGUCGAGCAGAGAAAAAAUACAGAAAGGGAUUUAUCGACAUUUCCCGAAUCAAGUGUGUGGAAAUAGUGAAGAAUGAUGAUGGUGUCAUUCCCUGUCAAAAUAAAUAUCCGUUUCAGGUUGUUCACGAUGCUAACACACUUUACAUUUUUGCACCUAGUGCACAAAGCAGGGACCUCUGGGUGAAGAAAUUAAAAGAAGAAAUAAAGAACAACAAUAAUAUUAUGAUUAAAUAUCAUCCUAAAUUCUGGGCAGAUGGAAGUUACCAGUGUUGCAGACAAACUGAAAAACUAGCUCCUGGAUGUGAAAAAUACAAUCUUUUUGAGAGUAGUAUAAAAAAGGCACUACCCCCAGCACCAGAAACAAAGAAGCGAAGGCCUCCCCCACCAAUUCCUCCUGAAGAAGAGGAUAACAGUGAAGAAAUAGUCAUAGCAAUGUAUGAUUUCCAAGCAACAGAAGCACAUGAUCUCAGAUUAGAGAGAGGUCAGGAGUAUAUCAUAUUGGAAAAGAAUGACAUCCAUUGGUGGAGGGCAAGGGAUAAGUAUGGGACUGAAGGAUAUAUCCCAAGUAAUUAUGUAACAGGAAAGAAAUCAAACAAUUUAGAUCAAUAUGAAUGGUAUUGCAGAAACACAAAUAGAAGCAAGGCAGAACAGCUCCUCAGAACUGAGGAUAAAGAAGGUGGUUUUAUGGUAAGGGACUCUAGUCAACCAGGCUUAUACACAGUCUCCCUUUAUACAAAGUUUGGAGGGGAAGGUUCAUCAAAUUUUAGGCAUUAUCACAUAAAGGAAACAGCAACAUCUCCAAAGAAAUAUUAUCUAGCAGAAAAGCAUGCUUUCGGUUCAAUACCAGAGCUUAUUGAAUAUCAUAAGCACAAUGCGGCAGGACUUGUCACGAGGCUGCGGUACCCUGUUAGUACAAAGGGGAAGAAUGCACCAACCACAGCAGGCUUCAGCUAUGAGAAGUGGGAGAUUAACCCUUCAGAGCUGACCUUUAUGCGGGAGCUGGGGAGUGGGCUCUUCGGAGUGGUGCGACUGGGCAAGUGGCGAGCCCAGUACAAAGUAGCCAUCAAAGCAAUUCGCGAAGGGGCCAUGUGUGAGGAGGACUUUAUAGAAGAAGCUAAGGUGAUGAUGAAGCUGACGCACCCGAAACUGGUGCAGCUCUAUGGCGUGUGCACUCAGCAGAAACCCAUUUACAUCGUCACCGAGUUCAUGGAACGAGGCUGCCUUCUGAAUUUCCUCCGGCAGAGACAAGGCCUCUUCAGCAGAGACAUGCUGCUGAGCAUGUGUCAGGAUGUGUGCGAAGGGAUGGAGUACUUGGAGACUAACAGCUUCAUCCACCGAGACCUGGCUGCAAGAAAUUGUCUAGUGAACGAGGCAGGAGUUGUAAAAGUGUCUGAUUUCGGAAUGGCGAGGUAUGUUCUGGAUGAUCAGUACACAAGUUCUUCUGGUGCUAAGUUCCCCGUGAAGUGGUGUCCACCCGAAGUGUUCAAUUACAGCCGCUUUAGCAGCAAAUCGGAUGUCUGGUCCUUUGGUGUUUUAAUGUGGGAAGUAUUCACUGAAGGCAGAAUGCCCUUUGAGAAAAGCACCAAUUAUGAAGUGGUAACCAUGGUUACCCAAGGCCACCGACUCUACCGCCCGAAGCUGGCAUCCCAGAAUGUGUAUGAGGUGAUGGUGCGAUGUUGGCAGGAGAAACCAGAGGGAAGGCCUUCGUUUGCAGACUUGCUGCGUAGGAUAGAUGAGCUAGCUGAAUGUGAAGAAACUUUCGGAAGAUGAGUGGUGCUGCGAGCAAGGCCUUCCAGAUUCCAGAGCCUGGGGAAGAAGAAGCUUGUGGCUGGAUUAAUUUGGCACCUGGAUGUGUGGAGUGUUUAACUUACAAAGUUAAACAACUACAGCACUUACUUCUAGACCAGCCUUCGCUCUGUGACCAAGUCCUCCAAAUUGUGGAAUUGUUACCUUAGAACUGGUGACUAACAGCAUGUGGGCCUUUGCUCAGGCCCUGGGCUUUGCCCAUUUGGGGGAUACACAUGGGACCAUGUCAGCUGGAGCAGGUAGAAUGCCAGGUAUUAGGGAAGGGGAGGGUGCUGUAGCCAUGCCGUAGGACCCCCUCUCUUCCUUAGACUUCCACAGUGCCUGGAACACUGUCUGAAUCAGGAAUAUACCUUGGAUCUUUUUUUUAAAUACUUUUUUUGUCCUUUUGAGACAG